GUCUGGGAACCAGGCGAGGCCGCAACAAGUUCAGCUGAAGGCUGAAGUGACAGCUGGACCAGGUGACGGCCUCAAGGACCCCAGCGACGAUGGCCUCCUGCCCAGAUUCGGACAAUAGCUGGGUGCUUGCCGGCUCAGAGAGCCUGCCUGUGGAGACCCUGGGCCCAGGGUCCACGGUGGACCCAGACCCUCAGAGAGCUCCCCCGGCCCCUUGGAGCCCCUCCAAGGCAGAUGGUGAAGAAUUAGCUGGGACCUUGGAUGGAGAAGAGACCCUCCCCGAGAGGGAAGGCUCCCAGUCCGGUCCCACGCCGCCAGAGGAAACGGAGGCCCAGGGCGUCCCGGAAGGCGAUGGUCGUGAUACGGAGCUCCCUGGCUCCGGAGACACAGUGGUCCCGGGAGACGUGGAGGAGACCCCCGUGGGGGCAGACCUGGGACCCGACGCACAGGACCCGGAGGAUCAGAGCUUCCCACAGAGCCUGCCCUCAUCCCCCAGUGCAGCGUGGACCAGGGAGGCGGCCCGCUGCACCAGCAGCGAGGAGGACACCGACGCGGACGUGGAGGGUCUGCGGCGCCGGCGGCGCGGUUGGGAGCCCAGCGCUCCUCAGCCUGUGGGGCCCCCGCGUGUGGAGGCCCCGGCCGAAGGCGAGGGUGUAAGCGGGGAGCCGGGCAUCUCCCUCAACAUGUGCCUCCUCGGGGCCCUGGUUCUGCUGGGCCUGGGGAUCCUCCUCUUCUCAGGGGGCCUCUCGGAGUCUGAGAAUGGGGCCCUGGAGGAAGUGGAAAUGCAGGUCUUUCCAGAUGCCACUGUGGACCACGAGAUGGCGGAUGCUGUGGGGGAUGGGCAGGAUGGGCGAAGGCAGCAGCUGCAGGCCUCAGCGCCCCCUGACAGUGUUCCCAGCCUGCAGAACAUGGCCCUCCUGCUGGAUAAGCUGGCCAAGGAGAACCAGGACAUCCGGCUGCUGCAGGCCCAGCUGCAGGCCCAGAAGGAAGAGCUUCAGAGCCUGAUGCAGCGGCCCAAAGUGCUGGAAGCGGAGAAUGCCCAGCUCCGAGGGGCCCUGCAGCACGGCGAGGCCUCGCAGAGGGCCCUGGAGUCAGAGCUGCAGCAGCUGCGGGCCCGCCUCCAGGGCCUGGAGGCCGCCUGCCUCCGGGGAACCGACGGGGUGUGCCUCAGCUGGGGCAGAGGCCCACAGGGUGGCCAGGUCCCCGAGGAGCCAGGCCCUCAGGGGCAGGAGCCGGGCACUGGCUUCCUAGAGCAGAAGGAACGGCUAGAGGCCGAGGCCCAGGCAUUGAGGCAGGAGCUGGAGAGGCAGCAGCGGCUCCUGGGGUCUGUGCAGCGGGAGCUGGAGCAGAGCUUGAGGGAGGCAGGCCAAGGGGACCCGGCUCAUGCUGGCCUCGCCGAGCUGGGCCACAGGCUGGCUCAGAAGCUGCAAGGCCUGGGGAACUGGGGCCAGCACCCGAGGGUCCCUGGCAAUGCCUCAGGAGCCGGGAGUCAGGAGCCACUCCAGGGUCCCAGAGCGCGGGGUGGAAAGGAAAAGUGGCGGGGUGGGCAUGGGGACCGGCAGGCUGAGCACUGGAAGCACAGGAAGGAGGAGUCGGGCUGGGAAUGGAAGAAGAGCUGGGGGGGCAAGGAGGACAGGGAGCCGGCCGGGCGGUGGAAGGAGGGCAAGCCAAGAGCGGAGGAGCGGGGCAAGGAUGGUAAGCGGCAGGGCCCCAAGGAGCCCCCCAGGAAAACCGGGAGCCCCCACUCCCCUGGAGAAAGGCAGAAGCACCCUCAGUGGAAGGAGGGGGCUAAAGACCAGCAUGACCCUCUGCCAGCCUGGGCAGAGCUAUCGAGGCACAAGUACCGGGCGCCCCAGGGCUGCUCGGGCGUGCACGAGUGUGCCCGGCAGGAGGGCCUGGCCUUUGGCGUGGAGCUGGCCCCGGUGCGGCAGCAGGAGCUGGCCUCUCUGCUGAGGACCUACCUGGCGCGGCUGCCCUGGGCUGGGCAGCUGACCAAGGAGCUGCCCCUCUCGCCUGCUUACUUCGGUGAGGAUGGCUUCUUCCGCCAUGACCGCCUGCGCUUUCGGGACUUUGUGGAUGCCUUGGAGGACAGCCUGGAGGAGGUGGCAGUGAGACAGACCGGUGAUGACGACGAGGUGGAUGACUUUGAGGACUUCAUCUUCAGCCACUUCUUUGGGGACAAAGCACUGAGGAAGAGGUCGGGGAAGAAAGACAAGCCCUCCCGGAGCCCCAGGCCCAUGGGGCCCAGGGAGGAGCACAGCCACCGCAGAGGCUGAGGCUGCUGCUGGCGACGCCCGCCUGCCUGCCCGCCCGACUGCCCCGGAUGGAA